AUGCAGAAUAACCACAUCGAGACCACGGUUGGGUUAACAAACCAUGGAUCCUAUAUAACGUCAGUCCAACAGUCAGCUGGCAGAUCGAAUGGGCUGUGGAGACCAUGGGCUGUCCAGAAAGAGUCGCAUAGGAACCGAAGGAGAUUGCAUAGCUCGCCUUAUGUCAAGGUAGAUGCAAACGUAGACCUAUCUGCUAUGAAGACCACCAAGACUGUUGAGUAUACACAUCCAGUGAAGUUGUUUUGGCCCAAAUCUAAAUGCUAUGACUAUCUGUAUCAAGAAGCGGAGACGCUGCUGAGAAACUACCCAGUUCAGGCUACAAUCUCGUUUUACGAGGAUUCUGACAGUGACGAUGACAGCGAUUCAGAGGAGGAAGAGGAGCUGAAUUAG